UCAUUCCUGUAGCCACCACCAUCCCUGUAGCCAUCUCACAACCACCCUGCUGCCACCAGUCAUAAACUGACCCUUGCUUCCCUGGUACUUCCUGCUCUGAAAGUCAGCAGGAGAGAGCUUUGGAAAAAUCACUGGUAGUGGUUGCGACAGCAGGAACUUAUUGCCAUGGCUUGUUUUUUCUAAAGGUUUUGUUGGUGGGAGUGAGUCUCUCUGGAUUUCUUACCCUCUUAGGAUUUUUGUAUCAGCCAGAACAACAGGCCAGAAGCCGAUAUCGUGAUCAUCUUGGCUGAUGCAUGGAUGGGGUGACCGGGAGCAAACUGGGCAGACAAAGGACACUGCCAACCUUGAUAAGAUGGCUUCAGAAGAAUGAGGUUUGUGGACUUCCAUGCCGCUGCCUCCACCUGCUCGCCCUCCCGAGCCUCCCUGCUCACUGGGCGGCUCGGCCUUCGCAAUGGAGUCACGCACAACUUUGCAGUCACCUCUGUGGGGGGCCUUCCACUCAACGAGACCACACUGGCAGAGGUGCUGCAGCAGGCUGGCUACAUCACUGGGAUGAUAGGCAAAUGGCACCUUGGGCACCAUGGCUCUUAUCACCCCAACUUCCGUGGUUUUCAUUACUACUUCGGGAUCCCAUACAGCCACGAUAUGGGUUGUACUGAUACCCCUGGCUACAACCACCCUCCUUGUCCCUCAUGUCCACGGGACAAUGGCUCAUUGAGGAACCUUGAUAGGGACUGUUACACAGACAUAGCCCUUCCUCUCUAUGAAAACCUCAACAUCGUGGAGCAGCCUGUGAACUUGAGCAGCCUUGUACAGAAGUACACUGAGAAGGCAACUGAGUUCAUCCAGCAGGCAAGCAUCAGCGGAAGACCCUUCCUGCUCUACGUGGGGCUGGCCCAUAUGCACGUGCCCUUAUCGUGAGCCAGCCAUUGGCAAACGCACAGAGCCGAAGACCAUACCGGGCUGGUAUCCGGGAGAUGGACAGUCUGGUGGGUCAGAUCAAACAUAAACUUGACCACACAGCAAAAGAAAACACAUUCCUCUGGUUUACAGGAGACAAUGGCCCGUGGGCUCAGAAGUGUGAGCUGGCAGGCAGCGUGGGUCCCUUCACUGGAUCAUGGCAAACUCACCAAGG